CGCCCGCCGCCUGCCCGACGCCGAGCGGAGCGGCGCGGGGCCGCCAUGCGCGGGGCCGCCGUGCUGCUGCUGGCGGCGGCGGCGGCGGCGGCGGCGGGUCCGGGGGGCGGCGGGGAGGAGGCGAUCCAGUGCCCGCCGUGCUCGGAGGAGCGGCUGGCCCGCUGCAAGGCCCCGCAGGGCUGCGCCGAGCUGGUGCGGGAGCCGGGCUGCGGCUGCUGCGCGACCUGCGCGCUCGGCCGGGGCACCGCGUGCGGGGUGUACACGGCGCGGUGCGGGGCCGGGCUGCGCUGCUACCCGCCCCGCGGGGUGCCACGGCCGCUGCACACCCUCAUGCACGGGCAGGGCGUCUGCACCGACCUGGCCGACGUCGAGGCCAUCCAGGAGAGUCUGCAGCCGCCAGAGAAGGAGGAGAUCGAGCACCCCAACAACAGCUUCAGCCCCUGCAGCAUCCACGACCGCAAGUGCCUGCAGAAGCAGCAGGCGAAGCGCGUCAACAACGGCAAUAAGAUGCGCAGCAGCGGGAGCCCACAUCACCGCGAGGAGACCCGGCCCAUCGCACAGGGCUCGUGUCAGAGCGAGCUGCACCGCGCACUGGAGCGACUGGCGGCCUCACAGACACGGACACACGAGGAUCUCUACGUCAUCCCCAUCCCCAACUGCGACCGCAACGGCAACUUCCACCCCAAGCAGUGUCACCCGGCGCUGGACGGGCAGCGGGGCAAGUGCUGGUGUGUGGACCGCAAGACGGGGGUGAAGCUGCCGGGCUUCCUGGAGCUGAAGGGGGACUUGGAUUGCCACCAGCCAGCGGACAGCAUGUGAGCGUGAGCGCGGCCGGGGCCGUGGAGGAGAGGGGACACAUCUGCUGGGCAGCUCCUGGCGCUGCGGGACCCCCACGGGACCCCCAUCACUGCUCUGCUCUGCCCACAGCGCGCGGCACCGUGCCACCCCAGCGCUGUGACCACACAGAGCCUGGUGCGGACAGACAGACAGACACUGCCCGGGUGCCAGCAGUGCUGCUUUCAGGCUGUUCUGGUGGAGAUGCAUAAAGAGAAAGCGGCGCUGUGCCCCUCCCCGCCUGCAAGCACCCGGUGCAGCCCCCCCUGCAGUGCCUUCCCCACGCCCACCCCGAGCGUGCAGCACAAGAAGUGCCUCGGCCCCCCCGGCUGAGUGGGCAGGGAGGGGAGCGACCCCCAGCUGCUGCCGGCCGUCACCUGCCCUCGUGUGCGUGGGGUGGGGGCUGCAAUGAGCAAUAAGGACCUUCACCCCGGGGUGGGGCACCAACAGCAUCAGCUCUUCCUGGUGCAGCCCCAGACCCCACCGCCUCCCUGCAUUUGUAGUAUUUAAAUCCAUCAUCAGUGGGAUGAUUUGCUUGGUGCCCUGGGCUGAGCCACCCCCAACACCCCGCGCUCGUGGUUGCUGCCCUCUGGUCCCCAUAUGGGGCGCAAACAGGUCGGGUUUCCAUGUCCUUUGGGUGUGGAAUGGCAGCAGGUGUGGGGCUGAGCGCGGGGUGGGGGUCCUGCAGGGUCAGCGCUGCGCACCGCUGUGCUGCUGCAGUUACACACUGACUGUAGCAGCAUGAGACCCCCCCACUGCGACCCCACCGUGACCCUGCCAUGACCCCACCAUCUCUUUGUCCUUGUUCCCUCCCGGAGGUCCCCGUUGCUCUGCGUAGCACCAUCCUUCCUUCUUUUAACAGUAAACUUGAAGCUUUGUAUCUUAAAAGCAAAAAGAAAAGCAAAAGCUGUCGCUGCGUUUAA